AUGGGGAAAACGAAAGGAUCGUUCCUAGACAGCAAGAAGGAGGCCGGGAUGGCCCGCAAGGCCGAAUCUGCCGCCCAGAAGGCCGCGGCCGAGGACGCGAAGAUGCGCCAGGAUGAGGAGUCAAAGUGGCAAAAGGGGACGAAGAACAACGCCAGGAAGGAAGCAGAGGCCUCGAAGAAGGCCGAUCAGGCUCGGAAGAAGGCCGAGCGGGACGCCCUACUGGCCGAGGAGGAGACCAGCCUGCGCGGGGCCCGCACGCAGGCGAAGAACAGCAAAACGGCGGUCAAGAAGACGCGGGCGCUGGACCUGUCGCAGCUGGGCGGCGACGACGACCAGCCACUCGGGUCGCUGAACGCGUCGGGCAUAGACAACGCCUUGGACGCCUUGUCGCUGACAGCCUCGUCCGGCGACGCGAAGAUCGACAAGCACCCCGAGAGGCGGUUCAAGGCUGCAUACGCGCAGUUUGAGGAGCGGCGCCUGGGCGAGAUGCAGGCGGACGGAACAGGUGACGGGCUGAGGCUCAACCAGAAGAAGGAGAAGAUCAAGAAGGAGUUUGAGAGGAGCCCAGAGAACCCGUUCAACCAGGUCUCGGCCCGAUACGACGCCUCCAAGGAUGAGCUGGCGGAGAUCAGAGAACAGGAGAAGUCCAAGAUCGAGACGAGGCUGGGCUCCAAGUGA